AUGGCUGCCGCGAAAAAGCACAUUAAGAUCGUGAAAAAGCGCACGAAGCGCUUCAAUCGUCACCAGAGCGACACCUACAAAUGUGUCGACGCAAAUUGGCGGAAGCCCAAGGGUAUCGACAACCGAGUCCGCAGACGUUUCAAGGGUCAAGCUGCUAUGCCUUCGAUAGGAUACGGUUCCAAUAAGAAAACCCGGCAUCUGAUGCCUUCUGGCCACAAAGCCUUCGUUGUCCACAAUUCCAGAGAUGUUGACCUUCUGCUUAUGCACAACAAGACGUUCGCGGCAGAGAUUUCCCAUGCAGUUUCAUCGAGAAAGAGAGUGGAUAUCGUUGCGAAGGCGAAGCAGUUGGGGGUAAAGGUUACAAAUGCGAAGGCCCGAGUGACUACGGAGUCUUAG